UUUGCCGGGUAGUUUAGGUACAGAGGCAGAAGCUCGCAGGCGGUUGUACCUGACCAUAGCCAUAACGUACAUGGCAUCGCUGUCGUUUGGAUUCUCCGUGGCUUACUCGUCGCCAGCGCUUCCAAGCAUACGGAAGAGCAUGGAGUUCAGCGCGACCGAAAGUGACUGGUUCGGCUCUCUUGUCAUGCUGGGUGCAGUCUUAGGAGGCCUGGGUGGUGGUCGUCAACUGAACGCUAUCGGCCGUCGCGGCACCCUGAUCGCCUCGUCACUCUGGUUCAUGGUAGGUUGGAUGUGCCUGGUGGUGGCCACCCCUAAGGCGGCGCUGUUUGUCGGCCGCCUGCUCACGGGCGUCGGCACCGGCAUUGUUGCGCUCACCGUCAGCGUAUUCAUCUCGGAGAUCUCACCAGCCAACCUGCGGGGCCAGCUGAACACGGGAGCCAAUCUGAUUCUUUGCGGCGGUAUUCUGGCCGUCUUCGUGCUCGGCAAGUUCCUAAGCUUCUGGCUCCUGGCCGCCUGCUGUCUGACACCUGCGGCCGCUAUGAGCAUCGCGUUAUUCUGGUGCCACGAAUCACCACGCUGGCUGCUUAAGAACAAUCAACGACGCAGCGCGGCGGCAGCGCUGCGCUUUUACUUUGGUCCCGGCGCCGCGACCGAGUUGGCCACAUUGGAAACAGCCCUGUCGCGUAUGCAUGGUAUUGCGAGCUUCUCGCUGCGAGAUCUGACGUCACGGCGCGUGUACCGGUCUUUUCUCUGUGUCCUGCUGAUUAUGUCGAUGCAGCAACUCUCGGCCAUUGCCGCGAUCAUCACGUUCACACAGGACAUUUUCGAAGACGCCGGUACAGCCGUGUCUCCCGAGGACUCUGCUAUUAUUCUGGCAUUUAUACAGAUGGUGAUGGUAGGAGUAGCCACCGUUCUCGCUGACCGCGUUGGCCGCAAAAUUCUUCUCAUGUUUUCGACGAUACUGUCAUCGGUGUGUCUCGGCGCACUCGGCCUGUCCUUCAGCUUGAAGGCAAGCGUGGGCGACAGCUUCAAGGAGGACUACGGUUGGUUGCCUUUGACAAGCCUCGGCCUCUACUUUGUCGGCUACUCCGUGGGCCUGGGCCCGUUGCCCUGGGUACUUCUUGGCGAGAUGAUUCCCCUGAAGGCCAGAGCAUUUGCAACGGGAACUUGCACAGCUAUCUUAUUUGCCGAGGGUUUCAUUGUGACCUUGAGCUACAACGGUAUGCGUGCUAUCCUGGGCGUAGCUGGAACAUUCGGGUUCUAUGGAGCAUCUCUUGCCGUUUGUUUUGUUCUUUUGGUCGUAUUCGUCCCUGAGACCGGAGGAAAGAACUUAGAGGGAAUCGAGCAAUUGUUUGGCGGGACUUCAUCGUCGCCACACGAGUCACUGAUGAAGAACAAAGAUCAGAAUGUGGGCUAGUU